ACUUCCUGAGGAAGGUGUACACCCUCCUGAGCAUGCAGAUCAUCCUGACUACAGCCACCUCCGCCCUCUUCAUGUUCUCUGACACCAUCAAGGAGUUUGUCCACCACAGUCCUGCGGUGGUUCUGGUGUCCGCUCUGGGCUCUCUGGUGGUUCUGGUGGUUCUGGCCGUCUACAGACACCAACACCCGGUGAACCUGUACCUGCUGCUGCUGUUUACUCUGCUGGAAGCGAUCUCUGUGGCCACAGCCUUGACCUUCUAUGAGUACUCCACGGUGCUGCAGGCGCUGUUCCUCACCUGUGCAGUGUUUGCUGGACUCACAGCGUUCACCUUUCAGUCCAAGAGAGACUUCAGUAAGAUGGGAGCAGGACUGUUCGCCUGUCUGUGGAUCCUCAUCAUCGCAGGAUUCAUGAGGUUCUUCUUUGACAGUGACAGCACUGAGCUGGUCCUCAGUGGGGUGGGGGCUCUGGUGUUCUGUGGCUUCAUCAUCUAUGACACCCACCUGUUGAUGAAGCAGCUGUCACCUGAGGAGCACGUCCUGGCCUCCAUCAACCUUUACCUGGACAUCGUCAACCUGUUCCUGCACAUCCUGCGUGUGCUGGACUCGAUGAAGAAACACUGAGACGCCACUUUAUCCCAUACUGUCUUAACGUUUACCUGGAAACACACCUUACACUGCGCACACAACAACACCUGUCCCACACCUAUCUGAUUUCUGUCUGAUACCUGUCCCACACCUGUCUGAUCUCCCCCCUGUGGAGGAGGCGUCACUAUACCUGAAAUAGUCACUCUCAUGCGAUUCCAGUGAAAAUGAAACCAUAUCCAUUCCUGUGUGUUGCCAUGGUUACAGACGUCCUCUACGCCUGAUAUCUGGUCAUUUAUUGUUUUGAAUUAAUGAUGAUGUAAUGAGUGUGAAGGGUUAAAACUGUAACGUGAUGAUUAUUUAUAUUUAUCUGUUUGUUGUUUUUAAUAAUCAGCUGGAAACUGUUUACAUUAAAAUAAUUAAAGUAUUAAAACC